CGCGCGGCAGGCGGGUCCCGCCGACCGGAGAGCGCCCGCGCGGCCCUUCCGCAGGGUGGCGGCGGCCGCGUCGGGAGCGCCUCCGCCGCGGUCGGGCUGCGGGCAGCUCGGGCGGGCCGCGGGCGCCGGAGGUGGAGGAAGACGGGUGCCCCUCCGGCUUGAGGACAGACUCGCUUAGUCGUCAGUCAUUUAAGCUGAGUGCAUUGUGAUUUCCAAUAAUUGAGGCAGUGGUUCUAAAAGCUGUCUACAUUAAUGAAAAGAGCAAUGUGGCCAGCUUGACUAAGCCGCCAGCGUGUGCAGUGCGGGCAGGACGGCACCCAGGUCUCGACGGACUUGUGCAUGUUAGCUGUAUAGAUUUAUGUAAGGUGUUUUAAAACUCUGGUCUUUUAAAAUAGUCUUAACCGCUUGUACUAUGGAGACAUGCGAGAGCCCCCCUCCUCUCCCGCGUGAGCCCGCAGGAGGAGCGGUGAUGGAGAGCCGAGCCCGCCCCCUCCAAGCGCUGCCCCGUGGACAGUCUCCACCACCUCCCCUGCAAACGUCCAGUGAUGCAGAGGUAAUGGACGUUGGCUCUGGUGGUGAUGGACAGGCCGAACCCCCUGCUGAGGACCCGCUCAACUUCUACGGAGCUUCUCUUCUCUCCAAAGGAUCCUUCUCUAAGGCCCGCCUCCUCGUAGACCCGAACUGUAGUGGCCACAGCCCGCGCACCGCCCGGCACGCACCUGCGGUCCGGAAGUUCUCCCCCGACCUUAAGUUGCUUAAGGAUGUAAAGAUUAGCGUGAGCUUUACCGAGAGCUGCAGGAGUAAGGACAGGAAGGUGCUGUACACGGGAGCGGAGCGCGACGCGCGGGCAGAGUGCGGCCUGACCCUUAGCCCUGUCCGUGGAGACGUGCAUGCGUGUCCCUUUGGCGGGAGCGUUGGUAACGGGGUAGACGUAGGGGGUGAGAGUGCGGAUAAGAAGGAUGAGGAGAAUGAGCUGGAUCAGGAAAAGAGAGUGGAGUAUGCAGUGCUCGAUGAGUUAGAAGAUUUUACUGACCAUUUGGAGCUAGAUGAAGAAGGAGCAGGCGGGUUCACGGCUAAAGCCAUCGUGCAGAGAGACAGAGUGGACGAAGAGGCCUUGAAUUUCUCCUACGAGGACGAUUUUGACAACGAUGUUGACGCUCUGCUGGAAGAGGGCCUCUGCGCGCCCAAGAAGAGGCGGGUGCAGGAGCGGUGCGGCGGCGACAGCGACCCGCCGUCGGACGGGGAGCCCAGCGUGCAGCCGGUGAUGACCAGGGUUAAGACGGUGCUCAGGAGCCGUGGCCGCCCGCCCACGGAACCGCUGCCCGACGGGUGGAUCAUGACCUUCCACAACUCCGGAGUCCCCGUGUACCUGCACCGCGAGUCUCGGGUGGUCACCUGGUCCAGGCCGUACUUCUUGGGAACGGGAAGCAUACGGAAACACGACCCUCCUCUGAGUAGCAUCCCCUGUCUGCACUACAAGAAGAUGAAGGACAGCGAGGAGAGGGAGCAGAACAGCGAGCUCCCGCCCGCUGGGGAGGUGCCCCCUGCCAAGCCCCUGAGCCGGCCUGCAGAGCUGGAGCUCCCCCUGGAGGAGCCCGACUCCCUGGGGGCUGACUCGGGGCCCCCAGAUGAGAAGGACCCACUGGGGGCCGAGGCCACCCCUGGGGCCCUGGGGCAGGUGAAGGCCAAGGUGGAGGUGUGCAAAGAUGAAUCGGUUGACCUCGAGGAGUUUCGGAACUACCUGGAGAAGCGCUUUGACUUCGAGCAGGUCACCGUGAAGAAAUUCAGGACGUGGGCUGAGCGUCGGCAGUUCAACCGAGAAAUGAAGCGGAAACAGGCCGAGUCGGAGAGGCCCAUCCUGCCGGCCAAUCAGAAGCUCAUCACUCUGUCUGUGCAGGACGCGCCCACCAAGAAAGAGUUCGUCAUCAACCCCAACGGGAAGUCCGAGGUCUGCAUCCUGCACGAGUACAUGCAGCGCGUGCUCAAGGUCCGCCCCGUGUACAACUUCUUUGAGUGUGAGAACCCAAGUGAGCCUUUUGGUGCCUCGGUGACCAUUGAUGGUGUGACCUACGGAUCCGGAACGGCAAGCAGCAAAAAACUUGCGAAGAAUAAAGCUGCCCGGGCCACGCUGGAAAUCCUCAUCCCGGACUUUGUGAAGCAGACCUCUGAGGAGAAGCCCAAAGACAGUGAGGAGCUGGAGUAUUUUAACCACAUCAGUAUCGAGGACUCGCGGGUCUACGAGCUGACCAGCAAGGCCGGACUGCUGUCUCCCUACCAGAUCCUCCACGAGUGCCUUAAAAGAAACCAUGGGAUGGGGGACACUUCCAUCAAGUUUGAAGUGGUUCCUGGAAAAAACCAGAAGAGUGAAUACGUCAUGGCGUGUGGCAAGCACACAGUGCGCGGCUGGUGCAAGAAUAAGCGAGUCGGGAAGCAGUUGGCCUCGCAGAAGAUCCUUCAGCUGCUGCACCCGCACGUCAAGAACUGGGGGUCCUUGCUGCGCAUGUACGGCCGUGAAAGCAGCAAGAUGGUCAAACAGGAGACCUCGGACAAGAGUGUAAUCGAGCUGCAGCAGUUCGCCCGGAAGAACAAGCCCAACCUGCACAUCCUGAGCAAACUGCAGGAGGAGAUGCGGAGGCUGGCGGAGGAGCGGGAGGAGACGCGGAAGAAGCCAAAGAUGUCCAUCGUGGCAUCUGCGCAGCCUGGUGGCGAGCCCCUGUGCACUGUGGACGUGUGAGGGCCAGUGGUCCAGGCUCGGGGGCCGCCAGCCCUGCUGCAGGGGAGACCCACCCACUCACUCUGCAGCCCCGUGCCUCCGGUCCACGGUUCCCCCCUGCCACUGCGUUUCCGACAGCCAGGCCCAUGCAGCUCUUUUUUGGGGGCCACCCACGGGUCUGGGUGGCCGUGUUCAAGCACCGACUCAGCCUGCUGCACAGGUGGACCUCUGCCUGUGGGGACGUGCUGCAGACCAGAGCGACGCAGGUUUUCGUGAAUUUUAGUACAUGACGUGCUGACGAGAAGCGGCAGCUGGAGGACAUGAAGUGAGAGCGCCUGCACCCGGAGCUCCUGCAGGCGCUGUAGGGACCUGGCCAGAGGCAUACGCUAGCACCCCCUCCCCGUCCCUCCCCGCCUCCUGGGUUUCCCUUUGUUCUCUGAAAAAGGAGUAUUUCAGACCUUUCUGGUUUAAACAUGAACACAAUUUAGCAUCAAAACUACUUUUCAGAGGUUGCCGGCAAGUCACCAAGGUGACCAUUCUUUGCCUUGCCCAUGGGCGAAGGCGCCUGUCCACACCCGGCUUGCUGUCCCCUUCUUUCGAGUAAGUCUUCGUGCCCCGAGACACGCCUUCUCAGACACGGGGCCCCUCCCCUCCGCUGGCCUCUGGCGAUUUUUUACUAAAUUUUUGCACAGUCAAGUCUGUCCACCCAUCAAUUUUUAAAGCUUUUAUGAUAUUUUAGCGUUUGGAAAGAAACUUUUACAGUGAGAGUAGAAGAUAGAUUUGGAAUCAUGUAGCAGAUAUGAACAAUUAAUGCAUUUUUAACUUGUGAGCCUAUUUAAAGAGGAAACAAGGACCCUCUGCAGCACGUGCACAGGCUGCUCUUCCUCUGCGGAGCUGCUGUGAGCACGUCGGGGCAGCACUGGGUCUCGAGCAGCCGCCCGGUGCAGCCAGGUGACCGGGUGGGCCCUGCGGACAGGUGUGGGGGCAGAUCUGUCCCCACCCAGGGGUGCCUGUUGAGGGCGCUGGGUGCUCAUGGCACAGCACUGGGUGUCACCUCCCACAGGCGUGCCGUCUCCUACCGCCUCCCCCAUGGGGGGUGGUGGUGGUGAUUCUACAGACCGCACCCCCCCACCCCCGUCGUGUGACUGAGGUUGGUGCCUGUACUGACCUUUGUAAAACAGAAUCCGUAAAUCAAGUUGCUGUAAUUACACACUUGCUUCUGUCCUGCCGUCUGCAGUUGUGACUAGUCAUUUGACUGUAACCGUUUGCCCUUAAAACAGCCAAAUGCGCCACCGUGAACCAAAGCUCCGUGCACACUGGAGACGGGGUGAGCCUCACCUCGGCCUCCCUGAGCCCUUCCUUCCUCUGUCCCCCGUGUGUGGGUGCAAGUGUCCUGUGAACACAGCUGUGCCGUGGGGGCAGAGGGCAGGGAGAGCCUGUGCUGAGACCACUUCUGUGUGGCCACCACCCUUUACGUACCUCUCAAGUGGCGGCGGGGCCACGGCUACAGGGCGGAGCCCUGAUUGUCUGGACACAUAAAGCAAAACUGCCCG